UCUCUCUCUUUCUCUUUCCCUCUUUUGUGACUCCACCAGCCUUUGAUUUGGGAGUGCUCUGAUUGGCUGGAAGCGUUUCAACACAUGCCGGGCAAAAAAAGCUUUGUCUGAGUUGAACUGAAGUUAUACAGAUUUUAGACUGGAGUCAGCAAUCAAGGGUAUUUAGUCUGCAGCGGAGCAGUGAAAGGGGGGGAAAGGAUCUCUCAGGAAAGACACACUGAAGACUUGCUCGGCGGGCAUCCUGCAUUAAUGGAUACGGACUGCUCAAGGGAGAAAGGACUGAUGUGACACAUUUCUGCCUGGAAAAGGGAACAGCGGAGAAGCUAUGCCUGGGAUCGGCUUACGUGCAGCGCUGAGCUGGAAGUCAUGACAUGGUGUGUAUAAACCAGACUUUUUUUUUUUAAUUUUUAUUUUUAGAUAAGAAGUUUGUGAACAAUUAAUUGGUCUACUGGUGUUAGAAAGAGCCGUCUUCAAGUUUAAGGGACCAAAUGUAGACUGGGUUUAAGUGACCGGAGGAACUUGAAAGGACUGCUAUUGUUUUCUUUUUUUUUUCUUCUUUUCUUCAACUUGCUGGGAGAGGUGAAUUGCAGAAACUCACCCAAUGCACCAAAUGAGUUGGACGAUGCACUUUAUAGCCUUUUUUGCACUGUUACUGUUCUCUUUCAACGGAGACGUGCUGGGCAAGAAUUUGAAAUACAGGAUUUAUGAAGAACAGAGGGUUGGCUCGGUCAUUGCGAGACUCUCGGAGGAUGUGGCUGAUGUUUUAUUUAAGCUCCCUAACCCGACUACGGUGCGCUUCCGAGCAAUGCAAAGGGGGAAUUCUCCUUUACUCACAGUCCGAGAGGAUAACGGGGAAAUCAGCAUAGGGGCGAAAAUUGACCGGGAACAACUCUGCCAGAAAAACUUGAACUGUUCCAUUGAGUUUGAUGUGAUCACUCUGCCCACAGAGCAUCUGCAGCUUUUCCACAUUGAGGUGGAGGUUCUGGAUAUUAAUGACAAUUCCCCCCAGUUUUCCCGACCUCUCAUCCCUAUUGAGAUAUCUGAGAGUGCAGCUGUCGGGACUCGGAUUCCUUUGGACAGCGCGUUCGAUCCAGAUGUUGGGGAGAACUCUCUCCAUACGUACUCUCUCUCUGCUAAUGACUUUUUUAAUAUCGAGGUGCGUACUAGGACGGAUGGGGCGAAAUAUGCGGAGCUCAUUGUGGUGAGAGAAUUGGACAGGGAGCUGAAGUCCAGCUAUGAACUCCAACUCACUGCCUCUGACAUGGGAGUGCCUCAGAGGUCUGGAUCCUCCAUUCUCAAAAUAAGCAUUUCGGACUCUAAUGACAACAGUCCUGUUUUUGAGAAACAAUCUUAUGUAAUCCAGCUCUUGGAGAACUCCCCAGUGGGGACUUUGCUCCUAGACCUGAAUGCCACUGAUCCAGAUGAGGGCGCUAAUGGGAAAAUUGUGUAUUCCUUCAGCAGUCAUGUGUCUCCCAAAAUUAUAGAGACUUUUAAGAUUGAUUCUGAAAGAGGCCAUUUGACCCUUUUCAAGCAAGUGGACUAUGAGACCACCAAAUCCUAUGAAAUUGAUGCUCAGGCUCAGGAUAUGGGUCCUAAUUCAAUUCCAGCUCACUGCAAAAUCAUCAUUAAGGUUGUAGAUGUAAAUGACAAUAAGCCUGAAAUUAACAUAAACCUGAUGUCUCCUGGCAAAGAGGAAGUAUCUUAUGUUUUUGAGGGGGAUCCCAUUGACUCGUUUGUUGCUUUGGUCAGGGUACAAGACAAGGAUUCUGGACUGAAUGGAGAAAUAGUUUGCAAACUUCAUGGACAUGGUCACUUUAAACUUCAGAAGACAUAUGAAAACAAUUAUUUGAUCUUGACUAAUGCCACUGACAGAGAAAAGAGAUCUGAAUAUAGUUUGACUGUAAUUGCAGAGGACAGGGGAACCCCUAGUCUCUCAACAGUGAAACAUUUCACUGUCCAAAUCAAUGAUGUAAAUGACAAUCCACCCCAUUUCCAGAGAAGCCGAUAUGAAUUUGUUAUCUCUGAGAAUAAUUCUCCAGGGGCAUAUAUCACUUCUGUCACAGCUACUGACCCUGACCUAGGAGAAAAUGGACAGGUCACCUAUACUAUUUUGGAGAGUUUUAUCCUGGGAAGUUCCAUAACUACAUACGUAACCAUUGACCCAUCUAAUGGCGCCAUCUAUGCCCUCAGAAUCUUUGAUCAUGAAGAAGUAAGUCAGAUUGCUUUUGUGGUUGAAGCCAGGGAUGGGGGAAGUCCAACACAACUCGUCAGCAAUACCACAGUUGUGCUCACUAUCAUCGAUGAAAAUGACAAUGUCCCUGUGAUUGUAGGCCCUGCCCUUCGAAAUAACACAGCAGAAAUCCCAAUCCCUAAAGGGGCUGAAAGUGGCUUCCAUGUCACCAGAGUAAGGGCUGUAGACCGGGACUCUGGCAUGAAUGCAGAACUAAGCUGUUCCAUAGUAGCAGGGAAUGAAGACAAUAUCUUUGUCAUAGACCCCAAAUCGUGUGACAUCUACACCAAUGUGAGCAUGGAGUCCACUCCACACACUGAAUGGGAGCUUACUGUACUUGUUCAGGAUAAAGGCAGUCCCCAGCUCCAUACCAAAGCAUUUCUGAAGUGUUCAGUUUUUGAGUUUGUUGAAUCAGUGACAAGUACAGCAAUGACCUCAGUUAGUCAGACCUCUAUGGAUGUCUCCAUGAUAAUAAUUAUCUCCUUGGGAGCUAUCUGUGCUGUCUUAUUGGUCAUCAUGGUCCUCUUUGCAACCCGGUGCAACAGAGAAAAGAAAGACAACCGGUCCUACAACUGUAGGGUGGCAGAAUCUACCUACCAGCACCACCCAAAAAGACCCUCCAGGCAGAUUCACAAAGGAGAUAUUACUCUAGUGCCUACAAUCAAUGGCACUUUGCCCAUUAGAUCCCACCAUAGGUCAUCUCCUUCUUCUUCUCCCACUCUGGAAAGAGGGCAGAUGAGCAGUCGACAGAGUCACCACAGUCACCAGUCACUUAAUAGCCUAGUGACAAUCUCAUCAAACCAUGUGCCGGAGAACUUCUCAUUGGAACUCACCCAUGCUACUCCUGCGGUUGAGCAGGUCUCUCAGCUUCUCUCAAUGCUUCAUCAGGGCCAAUAUCAGCCACGACCAAGUUUUCGGGGAAAUAAAUACUCCAGGAGCUAUAGAUAUGCCCUUCAAGAUAUGGAUAAAUUCAGCUUGAAGGACAGUGGCCGGGGUGACAGCGAGGCGGGGGACAGUGAUUACGAUCUGGGUCGUGAUUCUCCAAUAGACCGGCUACUUGGGGAAGGAUUCAGUGACCUCUUCCUCACCGAUGGAAGAAUUCCUGCAGCUAUGCGGCUAUGCACAGAUGAAUGCAGAGUCCUGGGACACUCAGACCAAUGCUGGAUGCCACCUCUUCCCUCCCCAUCUUCUGAUUAUCGAAGCAACAUGUUCAUUCCAGGAGAAGAAUUUCCAUCCCAGCCACAACCUCAGCACCCCCAUCAAAGUCUGGAAGAGGAAUCCCAGCCCAUUGAUUCCAGUGAAAAGAAGAAGAGUUUUUCCACCUUUGGGAAAGAUGUGCAGAAUGAAGAAGAUACUGGGGACACAUGCACAUCCUCUUUGCUCUCUGAAAUGAGCAGUGUGUUUCAGCGUUUGUUACCUCCAUCUUUGGACACCUACACUGAGUGCAGUGAGGUAGACCGGGCCAACUCAUUAGAGCGUAGAAAGGGAACUCUCCCAGCCAAGACUGUGGGUUACCCACAAGGGGUGGCAGCCUGGGCAGCCAGUACCCAUUUCCAAAAUCCUGCCAGCACCACGGGGCCCACCCUGGGGACUCACUCAAGCGUUCAGCCUUCUUCUAAAUGGCUUCCAGCUAUGGAAGAGAUUCCUGAAAACUAUGAGGAAGAUGAUUUUGAUAAUGUACUCAACCAUCUCAAUGAUGGGAAGCAUGAACUCAUGGAUGCCAGUGAGCUCGUGGCGGAAAUUAACAAACUGCUACAAGAUGUCCGACAGAGCUAGAGAAGUUUGAAAAAAAAAGCAUCUUUUUUUUUUCCAUUUUUAUGGAAACAAGGAAAGGGGGGAAAAGACAGAACUGGCAUUGCCAAUUAGUUGCAUUUAUCAUAAAUGUGUCUGUGUAUAUGAAUUAUUAAAUACUGUAUUUUCAUAUGUACACAAUGCAAGUGUGAUUAUCUUAAUCUGUAUUUUAAAAAUACAUUUGUACCUUAUAUUUAUGUGUAAUUUAACAAAUAAAUUUUAUUUUUCUACUCCCAUGGCAAGCAUGUCUUCCCUAAGUAUAUACAUAUAUAUAUAUAUAUAUAUAUAUAUAUAUAUAUAUAUAAACCAGCCACUAUUUGAUUCUGGCACAUCAUCCAGCCACAAGAGAUGAGGGUACUGCUUCCUAUUACUUGUUUGUUUGUUUUGUUUUGUUUUUGUUUUUUAAGAGAAAUAAGCGUCUUGUUGCAGAAUCAGCUCCACUGACGUAUUAUCCAGCUCUCAGUUUCAAUUGUGUUUUGAAACUGAAUUCUUAGAAUAAUAAAUUAGCAACUGCUGAACUUUAAUUUUUUUUCCACUGUCUUCCUUUGUCUUUUACUGUAUUCCCCAAACACACUUCUUGUGCUUGGUUAGAGACUUGGACUCAUGUUGGUAUAUGUGAAACCUCAUAUGUUGAAAAAAUCCAUUUGUCUCAAAGCAUUCACAUUCAUUCAACAAUCAAUGCCAGCACUGAGUUUCAGUCCAUCCUUGCAACUAGUUAAAGGUGCUAAAGACAAUGGAAUCAGUCUUUUGCUUAUUGCCUGCCUGGGCUAAACUCUGGACCGACACAGAGAGCCACUUGGGUGUCUCUCCUAAGGUAGUAAAUAGAACCCAAUUUUUCCUGAACGUGUAUCCUAAUCUCCCCACACACCCCACAAUCUCUUCCCAGAUACUUGAAUGUUCUUCUUAUUUGCCAAACUGUUUGUUAUGAUGUUCACUGUUAAUUCCCUCAAUCCCCCUCCCUCUGCAUGGUUUCAUUUAUGACUUUUAUUCUUAGCAUAAGAAAGUUUUUUAAGUCACAUUUUUGUGUUGUUCUUGUUGGUCUAUUUUUGCUUUGUUGUGUUUUAAGCUAUGCCUCCUCCUUUAUUUAUUGUGAAGUUUUAUUUGGAAUCCUGAAUGCCUUGGUAAAUGGGUACACUAUUAUGGUUAGCCCUUCACUGCUCUCAUUUAUUAUUGAACUACUAUUAAUGUCAUUUCUAUGAAUAAAAAUGUCAUUCUUGUACUACCCAGUAACUCUGACUGUCAAUGGAAAUAAAUGGAAAAUGAAAACAAAA